UUAAAAAGUGAUAAAUACUGUAACAACAUUUAUUGGUAAUCACCAUUGUAAUAUUUUUUAUUCCUUCUGGAUAGUUGUCAAUACUUAUUUAUAUUAUAUAUAGAUGUAUAAUAUAUAGACAUAUAGCAUAUAUACCUGUAUUUUUUUUUCCUGGAAAAUUGUGUAGUCAAGAUAUAAUUUUAAGUCAAAUAUAAGGGAAACAGAUCUGGUUUGGAAUCUAGUCUCAAAAACCUUGUGCAUGUCAGAGAAAACAUUCUACAUUUUACCUAACUUUUGUAUUUACAUACAUGAAUAGAGCACAGUGAAUCCUAACAUAAAGUAUAUCUACAAGACACUAAUUAAAAAAAAAAGCUGUAAGUUGCAUAAAGACCAGUAGGGUAGAGGGAAGAAAGGAGGGACUGAAUUAGAGCAAAUUAUAUUUUAUGCUUUUGUGAUUAUGUCAAAUGUAUCCUAAUGUUUUAUAUAACUACAAAGAAUCAUUUAAAAAAACCCUUGGGCAAAUUAUGUAACAUCUGAACCACUUGGCCUUUUAUUGUGGAGAUUAGGAUAACAUAUAUAAAGCAUCUAGCACUGUGUUUAAAUAGAUGAUCAGUAAGUGGUAGUUGGUAUUACUAUUUUUUCCAUUUUCCCAUUCCCAUGUUCAUGAAUAUAGUUUAAAUGUUUGCUUAAACUCAGGUGAUAUUCCAUAAUUUAUUUAGUCGAUUGCCUCUUGUUAACUUUUAAAAAUUUUCCUCAGUCUAAAACUGUAGGACUGGGAUAAUGGUCCAGGGUUAUGCCAAAUUUCUCUCUCAAAAUUCUUACAAUGGGUAGUCUUGUUUUGAAAAAGAUGUUAAUUUGAUUGUAUAGUUUUGCUUUGUUAUUUUAAUUAAUGUGUUUUUGAAAUUUUUGGUUUAUUGGGAAAUGAUGUUGUAAGCAUUUCUUUACCUCUUAAUAGAGUGAGAGCAAUGGCAUAAAGGAAAAUAAGGCAUGAUUCUUGUUCUUGAGCUCAAAUUCUAGAGUGGUAACACAUGUCAACAAACACAAUUCAGAGUGACAGUGAAAUAAGAUCUGGGGGAAAUGAGAAGUGGUAUUUGGAAUAUGGUCUUGAAGGAUGAGUUGGAAUUGAUCUGGGUAGAGAGAACAGUGUGUACAAAAAGUCAGAAGUACGAAAGAGUACGUAGUGUGUUUGGAGAAAUGCAAGUUGUCUUGUGUAUAUUCACCUCUUGAUGGGUGUCGUAUCUACUCCUGUGUGUGAAUCUGUUUGUGCAUAUGUGUUGACUAUUGAGGGAGACAAGCCUAGUUAAGGAUUCUUAUGUUUGGGCAAUGAAAGGGAUCAUAUUAAGACCUUUAGAACAGAGCUUCACGUUGGGUAUGUUGGAGCCUUAGGAUGGUUUCUUUUGGCUUCAUAGUCUUCUUGCUUUAUACAAUUGUGCUAAAAAAUUAUUUUGGUGGCAACUUGGGAAAAGGAUUGUGAAAAACAGUGUUGGAGAGUUUAUCCAUUCACUCUUGGCAGCCCCAUUUCAUAGUCAAGAAUAAAACGCAUACCAAGUCCUAAAGCAAGCAUAAAGAAGGUCAAGUCAAAGUCUCCCCUUCCUCCCCUAUCUUCCCUUCUUCUACCCACUCCUCAGUAUUUUCUUCAUUAUUGUUGUUGGGGGGGGGGGUAAUUUUUGGUGCAACUGUGUGGGAAAUCAGCAUUAACAAUUAGGAUAUUUGAAUAAGGGAAUAAGAUUGGAAAUAGGUUUUGAAAGGUAACUCGUGACUUCUAGGUAAUGAUACAAGGAUGUAAGAAUGGUGCAAGGAUGAGGUUAGAAAUGGGGUAGGGAGAUAAGUAAGGAUGAUCUUAGCAUGCCAAGUGAGGGAUAAUAAGGCUAGGAAUGGGGAAAUAAAAAUAAGAAUGUGAGAUUACUGAUUAGGUAGUUUCAUUAGAACUGUGAAAACUGAUUAGGUAGUUUCAUUAGAACUGUGACUCCAUUUGGAUAUGGGGGAAGGAGGCAAAAAGUUGAAAAUGAUUGCUAAGAUUUGUUCUUUGGCCACUUUUCUCCUUUGAGAAGGCCAAAUAAUUUUUAUUGAGUACCUUCAGUGAGCCAAGUAUUUUGCUAGGCACCAAGGUUGUCAUGAGUCCUUAUUGGAUUUUUAAAAAUUAACAUUUUGAAAUUCAAGCCUAAUGAAAAGUCUCAAGGAAAGUAGUUAGAGCGCCUGAACUGUCUAUUUGUUCAUUUGCCUGUUCAACCAAUUUUUAACAAUAUAUAUACUGUGUAUGUACCCAAGAUGAGCCUGGAACGUUUUGUUGUGCCUAACUUACUGUAGCAGGCUUAGUAAAAACUUCUUUCUACAUUUCCAGGGAUAACCUGGGCAUAUCUUUUUGCUAUGUCUAAUUGUAUUCUGUUUAAAUUUAUUUUUCACAUUUUUUUAUUGAUAUAGUUGUACAUAAUGAUGGGGUUUGUUGUUACAUAUUGGUACAUGUGCACAAGAUAACAAUAUUAUUUGGCCAGUAUCACUCCCUAGCACUUCCCUCUUCCCUCCCCUCUUUUUGUCCCCUGAUCCAGUCCCUCUUCUGAUCUCCUGUCAUGAGAUCCCUGACUACCCUGCCCACCCCCCACCACCUCUCUUUUCUUUUUUCCUCUCUAGCUUCGACAGAUGAGAGAAAAUGUACCACCCUUGACCUUCUCAGUUUGGCUUAUUUUGCUUAACAUAAUUAAUGACCUCAAGUUCCAUCCGUUUUUCUGCAAGUGGCAUAAAUUCACUUUUAUGGCUGAAUAAAACUCCAUUGUGUAUAUGUACCACAUUUUCUUUAUCCAUUAAUUCACUUAUGGACAACUAGGCUGAUUUCAUAGUUUGACUGUUAUGAAUUGUGCUGCUGUAAACAUGGGUGUAUGCAUGUAUCCCUAUAGUGUGGUGACUUUAAUUCUUUAGGAUAAAUACUGAGGAGUGGUAUAGCUGGGUCUAUGGUUGUUGUAUGCCUUGUCUUUUGAGGAAACUCCAUACCAAUUUCCAUAGUGGUUGUAUUAAUUUACAAUCCACCAACAGUAUAAAAGUGUUCCUUUUAUGUUUAUUAUUAUUAUAUUUGUAGUACAUUUGUAUUUCUUCUUUUGACAGCUACUAUUUAGUUUAAUUUGCCCAUUUAUUAAUUGGGUUAUAUGAUUUUUUUCUUUAUAUAUUCUAGAUAUUAGACCUCUUUUCUUUGGGGGUGAGUACUGGGGAUUGAACUCAGAGGCACUCGACCCCUGAGCCACAUCCCCAGCCCUAUUUUGUAUUUUGUUUAGAGACAGUCCACUGGGUUGCUUGGUGCCUUGCUUUUGCUGAGGCUGGCUUUGAACUUGGGAAUCCUCCUGUCUUAGCCUCCCCAGCCCCUGGGGAGGCAUGCGCUACUGCACCCAGCUAGAUAUUAGAGCUCUUUUGGAAGAGUAGACAACAAAGAUUGUCUCCCAGCAGAGGCCGCUGCCAAAGCCCAGAGGUCUUUCUCCAGGCAUGGUUGCCUCUCCCACACUGCUGCCCCCACCUUUGCCUAGAGGUUUUCUCUCUGGCGCCACAGAUGCCACUUCUACCUACACUGCUGCCUCAGUUGCCCGCUCCUCCCUGUCAUCACCUAGAAGUCUUUUCUCCAAGCGCUGCUACUACUGGUACUGCUCCUGUCAACUGAUUCACUUGGUGCCGCUGCCCUGGACUGCUGCUGCUGCUGCUGCUGCUGCUGCUGCUGCUGCUGCUGAACCACUGCUGCUGAUGUCCAGAGGUCCGCUGCCAGAGUGCCUGCAGGUUUGAUUACACAUGGCCACCUCCAUCUUGGGAUGCCAGCCAGCGCCUGGGGCCUGGGUGCCAGCCGGUUUGCAGCCACUGCCAUCUGAGGGCGAGCUGCCUCUGUUUGGGGACACCAGCGAGGAUCUGGAUGUUCAGUGUCAAAGUGCCUGCAGGGUUGGCUGCGCCUGAAGUCUUCCUAUAAGUUGUCCGCCAUCUUGCAGUGCCUUUUCAGGGUCACUUCCCUAUGUGAGUGCAUCCCUGGUCAUCUUCCUGCAAAUUAGAACAGCUUGGAGAUCUUGGGUCUGCAAUGUGACCAAGCUUGGGGUAUUGAAAUCCAGAUUAGAGGGAUGGUAGCUGGGUCUGUGUGGCAGUCCUAUGAAGAAUCAGACAGGUCUGAGAAAACUUUGAACUCUGAAGCAAGCAGUUGCUCAGUUUUCCAUUGAGCGCCCCCAUCCCCAUUUGAUGUGCUUUUGUUUUAAAUACUCCCCCCCCCUUCUCUAGCUAGCUACUAUUUUUGGUUCCAGGUAUUUUUUCAUGCAUCAGUUUGUUGAGGAUUUUAGUGUAUGGAUGGUAUUUUGCAUUUUAUUGUAUAUUAUAUUUUUAAUUUUUAUUAUAUAUAUUUUUCCUCUCGCUUGUCUGUUUUCCUGGAUUUCUGUAUUUUUUUCCCACUAAAGGUCAGUCUCUGUCAAUUCUUUCCCACUCUUAGAUUUUUGCUUAUGGCUUCUCUCCUCCUCCCUAAUGAACAUAGUGUCCUGCACCACUUCUGUUCUCUUUGUCCAGCAUUUGGAAUUGUGAACCCUUUUAACAAAUUUGCUAUGUAUAGUGUGGACAGUAAAUUAAACUAUUUCUUUUUGUUGUGAGAAAACUGUGGAAGUCUUCAUAGGAUCUAGUGGGUUUGGGGCUAUAUGUUGUUUACAUUGGGUGCUUUUGAUAUUGGUCUCCCCCCUUGAAGGUGAGGUGCUGGAAACCUUCAGGGACACCAUAGGUCUGCAGAGUAGAAUUUGUGUUGCCUUAGAUCCAUACUGCUAGAUUGGGAAACACACGAACAACAUGAAAAAACAAAGGAAUAAAGUGCCCCAAAUAAACCAAGAAGCUCCAGGGACAGAAUCCACUGACAACACAGUAGAAGAAAUGUCAGAGAGGGAGUUUAGAAUGUACAUAGUUAAACAGAUCUGCGAAAAAAAGGAUAGUAUAAGAAAUGAAAGAAAAAACACAGGAAGUGAAGGAUCGCUUCAAUACAGAGAGAUUGUGAAAAAAAAACCAAGCAGAAGUCCUUGAAAUGAAGGUGUCAAUAUACCAAACAAUGGAAGGCAUCACCAACAAACUAGACCUCUUGGAAUAUAGAACCUCAGGCCAUGAAGCUAAAAGAUAUAAUCUUGAAAAUAGAGUUGACCAUGCAGAGAAAAGAUGGUAAGAAACCAUGAACAGACAUCCAAACAAGAAUUAUGGGAUUAUAUGAAAAGACCAAAUUUAAGAGUUAUUGGGAUAGAUGAAGGAGCAGAGAUGCGAACUAAAGGAAUGCGCAGUCUUUUCAAUGAUAUAAUAUUGGAAAAUUUCCCAAACCUAAAGAAGGAAAUGUAAAAUCAAAUACAAAAGGCUUACAGAAUCCCAAAUGUACAAAAUUACAGCAGACACAUUAUAAUGAGAAUGACUAACACAGAGAAUAAAGAUAAAAUCUUAAAGGCCCUGAGAGAAAAAAUUCAAAUGACAUAUAGGGGGAAACCAAUUCAGAUCUCAACUGAUUUCUCAACCCAGACCCUCAAAGCUAGGAGGUACUGGAAUAAUAUAUUUCAAACUCAGAAAGAAAAUGGAUGCCAACCAAGAAUUUUUUAUCCAGAAGAAUUGUUUCAGAUUUGAAAAUGAAAUAAAAACCCUCCAUGAUAAACAAAAGUUAAAAGAAUUUGCAACUAGAAAGCCUGUACUACAGAAUAUUGUCAACAAAAUAUUCCAUGAGAAUGAAGUGAGGGGGAAAAAAAGUGAAAACCACCAGAGAUGAACAAUGCUAAAGAAAUGUCAAUCGAAGGAGAAACUAAGACAAAUUAAAAACCAUAAGUAAACCAAAAUGACUGGCAACACAAAUCGUAGCUCAAUAAUAAUCUUAAACUCAUCAAUCGAAAGACACAGACUGGCAGAUUGGAUUAAAAACAGGAACCAAUAAUAUGCUGUCUACAAGAGGCUUAUCUCAUAGGCAAAGACAUCUACAGAAUGAAGGUGAAAGGAUGGGAAAAAAACAUAUCACUCACAUGCAGGGUUUUCUAUCCUCAUAUCAGAUAAAGAGGACUUUAAGCCAAAGUUAAUCAGAAGGGACAAAGAAGCCCAUUUCAUACUGCUUGAGGGAAUUACACAUCAACAAGACAUAACAAUCAUAAAUAUCUAUGCCACAAACAGUGGAACAUCUCUGUACAUCAAACAAACCAUUCUAAAUUUUGAGAACCAGAUAGACCACAACACAGUAAUGCUGGGUGACUUUAAUAACACACCUCUCUCACUAUGGGAUAGAUCUUCCAAACAAAAACUGAAUAAAGAACUCUAGAUAUAAAUAACACUAAUCAAUAAUUUAGGCUUAACAGACAUAUAUAGAAUAUUCAUCUAUCAAUGAGCAAAUACACUUCUCAGCAGCACAUGGAUCCUGCUCUAAAAUAGACCGUAUCUUAUGCCACAAAAUGACUCGUAGCAAAUACAAAAACAUAGAGCUAAUACCCUCCAUCCUAUCAGAUCAUAAUGAAAUAAAAUUAGAAAUCAAUGAGAGAAUAAAAAAUAUAAGCUAUUGUAACACCUGGAGACUAAAUAAACAUUAUUGAAUGAUGAAUGGAUAACAGAAUAAAUCAAAGAUGAAAUAAAAAAAAUACAGAGAUGUAAAUGAUGAGAAUAGUGAUAAAACAUAACAAAAUCUGUGGGACAUCAUAAAGGCAGUGCCUUGGCCUCCCAGAUUGCUGGAAUUUCAGGUGUGCGCGACCAUGCCCAGCUACAAUGACAUUUUGACAACUCCAAAACCCACAAUAAGAUGGCAAUAAUUUGAAAGGAGGGUAGGGAGUUAUCCCAGAUACCUUCUAAAAUUCAUUCAGGGCAAUUAUUUUGAUAGCAAGUAUUGGUAUAUGAUUUUGUUUAACCAUCUUUCAAAUAACCACUAUAAUUUCUGUCCCUUAAUCUUAAAAAGUGAUAAGAUGUAUGUAUCAUUAAAAAGAAAAAUAAAUGAUAUUUUUCUUGAUGCUAUCUCCUCAUCCUCCAUAAUCCAGGAAAGUCCUUCUUCCCUUUAUGGUCAAAUUUCAUAAAAAGUUGUUUAGUUUAUAAUCAGUAUUUGUCUAGUUUACCUUUCCACAUUCAAAGUAGCUUACUAUGUUAAUGUUUUAUAAACAUAUAUGUUUUUUCAUUUAAAUAUACCUUGGAGAUCAUUUGACUUUAGUGUUUAGAGAACUCCCAACCUUUCUUCCAUCCAAUAUAGUGACAUACUCUAUUGUGUAGAUACGUUGUUGUUGUUGUUUUGAUAUGUUGUUUUUAAAAAAAUAUUUUUAGUUGUAGAUGGACACAAUGCCUUUGUUUUAUCUAUCUAUCUAUCUAUCUAUUUUUAUGUGGUGCUGAGGAUCAAACCCAGUGCCUCACACAUGCUAGGCAAGUUGCUCUACCACUGAGCCACAACCUCAGCCUUAGAUAUACUGUUAAGCUAACUUGUUUUGAAUAUUUAAGCUCUUACUAUACUUGGAUUCUUUUAUUCUUCUCCUGUGUAACUUAUUUGCUUUAACUUCUUUUCUGUCUGAAUUGGGCUCCCAUGAGGCAUUGUGCAUUAAUGGUUUGCUCGACUUUGUGUACCUGAAGUCCUCUAAUGCCUCGUGGGACCAACCUUUUAAACUUUGUGGCUAAGCCAGACUCUAUCCUCCUUAUUUCAGUUGCUUACAUGAAAAAAUGGUAGCAAAAGAAAAAGGGAUAAAACUAAUAUUUGUUAAACUCUACUGGUUGUUUUUAAAUAUAAUAUUUAAUUUAAUUACCUCAGUAACCCUAUGGAGUAGGUGGUGGUAGUCUGGUUUUACAGAUGAAGAAGUUAAACUCAAAAAAUAGAGUUGUCCAGACUUUUACAGCUUAAAAAUGUCAGGUUGAGGGUUUUUUUUGUUGUUGUUGUUGUUUGUUUGCUUUUUUGGGUUUUUUUUUUUUUUUUUUUGUUUGUUUGUUUGUUUGUUUUGUGGUGCUAGGGCUUGAACCCAGGUCCUUGUGCAUGCGAAGCAAGCAUUCUAUCAGCUGAGCUAUAGCCUCAGCCCUUGGAAGUUUUUAAAGUAGGUUUGAGUCUAGAAUCUGUACCUAUUCUGCUACUGCCCUUGUUUUCUGUGUUAUAAUGUCAUAUUUUUGAAUUCUUGAACUUUAGCCUUAAAGCCGGAGCUCUCUAUUAAUCUACUGUAUACCUUACGUCAAGAGCCACAUAAUCAGACAUGUUGCCUGCUGCCAUGUUUCCCUGUUGCAUUGUUCCUGAUUGCUGGGAUGCCACCUGCUUACCUGACCUCUGUGACACUAAAGCCCACUUCUCUGGAUCCCUGCCGAUAGGCAUUUUCUAAUUGCCUAUCUGUAUUGCCACUCAUCAUUACUCUUAAGGGUUUUUUGUUUUGUUUUGUUUUCUUCUCUAAUUUCCCCUGCUUAGCCCUGUCACCACUUGCUUUUCAGUUUAUCAAGCUUUGUGAAGCUUGAGCAAAAUUUGCAAAAUUAUUUGGGAUGAUUUAACAUUUUUUUAUGUUAAAUCUUUUUUUAAAAAAAGUUUUUUGUAGUAGAUGAACCCAAUACCUUUAUUUUAUCUUUUAAUGUGGUGCUGAGGAUCAAACCCAGUGCCUCUCACGUGCUAGGUAAGUGCUCUAACAACUGAGCAACCCCAGCCCAAUGUUAAAUCUUAUCUUGGAGUUUUAUAUUAGUUUCCAUAAAAGUGCAUUUGACCAUUAGUUUAGACCUUUCUAAUUUCCUAGUGUAGCCAGUGUGGUCUGACAUGCAUAUUUGAUCAAAAUUUUCUAUUAUCUCUUCAUCUGCCUGUGAAACAAAUGAAGGGAUUUUCCAAGGAGUUCAGAAUUAUUUGAAAAAUACCAAUUUUAUAAGUAAUGUUGAAGGUGGGCACAGUGGUUCACUCCUGCAAUCUCAGCUACUCAAGGAGGCUGAGGCAGGCAGAUUGCAAUGUCAAGGCAAGCCUCAGUAACUUAAUGAGCCCUCCAUCUCAAAAUAAAAAAUGAAAAGGAGCCAGGUAUGGUGGCACAUGCCUGUCAUUCCAGUGGCUUGGGAGGCUGAGGCAGAAGGAUUGCGAGUUCAAAGCCUGCCUCAGCAAUUUAGCCAGGUCCUAAGUAACUCAGUGAGACCUUGUCUCUAAAUAAAGAUAUAAAGAAGGGUUGGGGGUGUGGCUCAGUGGUUAAGUGCCUCUAGAUUCAGUCCCUGGUACAAAAAAGAAGAAAAGGGCUAGGGAUGUAACUCAGUGGUGGAGUAUCUUUGGUUCAAUUCCCAGUAAUGAAACAAAAAAUGAAAAUAAUGUUAGUGUCAUUUUUGCUGGUUUCUUUUUUAGAUAUUUCUUUAUUGUAUAGAAGCAAAUAUCAUUAUAGACUUCAGAGAUUCUUGAAUUGUUUUAUUUGCAUUGUAAUGAAAUCUCUACUUGGUUUAUUUACAUGUCCCACUUAUCUUUCUUUUUCCAGUCCAACAACAGUCAGUUACAGUCGCUUACUACAGAAGUACUAGGAAAUGGGGUAUCUUCUCUGAGAAGCGUUUUGUGACUUGGAAAAAUUGUUGCAGAUCUUGUGUGGACAGUAAUGACCUCACGUUUCCGAUUGCCUGCUGGCAGAACCUACAAUGUACGAGCAUCAGAGUUGGCCCGAGACAGACAGAAUACAGAGGUGGUUUGCAACAUCCUUCUUCUGGAUAACACUGUACAAGCUUUCAAAGUUAAUAAAAAUGAGCUGGGACAAGUUUUGUUGGAUAUAGUCUUCAAGCAUCUUGAUUUGACUGAACGAGACUAUUUUGGUUUACAGUUGGCUGAUGAUUCCACAGAUAACCCAUCUUCUUUAUUUAUUUUUCAGAGGUGGCUGGAUCCAAACAAACCAAUAAGGAAGCAGCUAAAGAGAGGAUCUCCUUACAGUUUGAACUUUAGAGUCAAAUUUUUUGUAAGUGACCCCAACAAGUUACAAGAAGAGUAUACAAGGUACCAAUAUUUUUUGCAAAUCAAACAAGACAUUCUUACUGGAAGAUUACCCUGUCCUUAUAAUACUGCUGCCCUUUUAGCUUCAUUUGCCAUUCAGUCUGAACUUGGAGACUACAGUCAGUCAGAAAACUUGCCAGGCUACCUCUCAGAUUAUUCUUUCAUUCCUAAUCAACCUCAAGAUUUUGAAAAAGAAAUUGCAAAAUUACAUCACCAACAUAUGGGCUUAUCUCCUGCAGAAGCAGAAUUUAAUUACCUGAACACAGCACGUACCUUAGAACUCUAUGGAGUUGAAUUCCACUAUGCAAGGGAUCAAAGUAACAAUGAAAUUAUGAUUGGUGUGAUGUCAGGAGGAAUUCUGAUUUAUAAGAACCGGGUACGAAUGAAUACCUUUCCAUGGUUGAAGAUUGUGAAGAUUUCUUUUAAGUGCAAACAGUUUUUUGUUCAGCUUAGAAAGGAAUUGCAUGAAUCUAGAGAAACACUACUGGGAUUUAAUAUGGUGAAUUACCGAGCUUGUAAGAAUUUGUGGAAAGCAUGUGUAGAACAUCACACAUUCUUCCGUUUGGACAGACCACUUCCACCUCAAAAGAAUUUUUUUGCACAUUAUUUUACAUUAGGUUCAAAAUUCCGGUACUGUGGGAGAACUGAAGUCCAGUCAGUUCAGUAUGGCAAAGAAAAGGCAAAUAAAGACAGGGUAUUUGCAAGAUCCCCAAGUAAACCUUUGGCACGGAAAUUAAUGGAUUGGGAAGUAGUAAGCAGAAAUUCAAUAUCUGAUGACAGGUUAGAAACACAAAGCCUUCCAUCUCGAUCUCCACCUGGGACUCCUAAUCAUCGAAAUUCUGCAUUCACACAAGAGGGAACCCGAUUACGACCAUCUUCAGUUGGUCAUUUGGUAGACCAUGUGGUUCACACUUCACAAAGUGAAGAUUUUGUGAGUCAGAGAUCUCCAUCAUCUACACAAGCUAAUAGCAUCAUUCUGGAAUCAUCACCAUCACAAGAAACACCUGAAGAUGGGCAACCCCCAGCUUUACCACCUAAACAAUCUAAGAAAAAUAGUUGGAACCAAAUUCAAUACUCACAUUCUCAGCAAGAUCUGGAAAAUCAUACUAAUGAAGCAUUUGAUAUACCAUCUUCCCCUGAAAAAUCUACUCCUAAUGGUGGUAUUCCACAUGAUAAUCUUGUUCUAAUCAGAAUGAAACCUGAUGAAAAUGGAAGGUUUGGAUUCAAUGUAAAGGGAGGAUAUGAUCAGAAGAUGCCUGUAAUUGUGUCCCGAGUAGCACCAGGAACACCUGCUGACCUCUGUGUCCCUCGAUUGAAUGAAGGGGACCAAGUUGUACUAAUUAAUGGUCGGGACAUUACAGAACAUACCCAUGAUCAAGUUGUCCUAUUUAUUAAAGCUAGCUGUGAAAGACAUUCUGGGGAACUCGUGCUUCUAGUUCGACCCAAUGCUGUGUAUGAUGUAGUGGAAGAAAAACUAGAAAAUGAACCAGACUUCCAGUACAUUCCUGAGAAAGCCCCACUAGAUAGUGUCCAUCAAGAUGACCAUUCCCUGCGGGAGUCAAUGGUCCAGCUAGCUGAGGGGCUUAUUACUGGAACGGUCCUGACACAAUUUGAUCAACUGUAUCGUAAAAAACCUGGAAUGACAAUGUCUUGUGCCAAAUUACCUCAGAAUAUUUCCAAAAAUAGAUACAGAGACAUUUCGCCUUAUGAUGCUACACGGGUCAUUUUAAAAGGUAAUGAAGACUACAUCAAUGCAAACUAUAUAAAUAUGGAAAUUCCUUCUUCAAGCAUUAUCAAUCAGUACAUUGCUUGUCAAGGGCCGUUACCACACACUUGUGCAGAUUUUUGGCAAAUGACUUGGGAACAAGGCUCCUCCAUGGUUGUAAUGUUGACCACACAAGUUGAACGUGGCAGAGUUAAAUGUCAUCAGUAUUGGCCAGAACCCACAGGUAGUUCGUCCUAUGGAUGCUAUCAAGUUACCUGCCAUUCAGAAGAAGGAAAUGCUGCCUAUAUCUUCAGGAAUAUGACACUGUUCAACCAAGAGAAAAAUGAGAGUCGUCAACUCACUCAGAUCCAGUACAUAGCCUGGCCUGACCAUGGAGUCCCUGAUGAUUCAAGUGACUUUCUGGAUUUUGUUUGUCAUGUACGAAAUAAGAGGGCUGGCAAAGAAGAACCUAUUGUUGUUCAUUGCAGUGCUGGAAUUGGAAGAACUGGGGUUCUUAUUACUAUGGAAACAGCCAUGUGUCUCAUUGAAUGCAAUCAGCCAGUUUAUCCACUAGAUAUUGUAAGAACAAUGAGAGAUCAACGAGCCAUGAUGAUCCAAACACCUAGUCAAUACAGAUUUGUAUGUGAAGCUAUUUUGAAGGUUUAUGAAGAAGGCUUUAUUAAACCCUUAACGACAUCGUCAAAUAAAUAAGAAAAGAUCUGAAAUACAUGUUGGAAAACUGCUAUUCAUUAUAUUUCAUUAUAUUCACUGUGCCAUGACACUGCUUGCAGGAAAUGGCAUCUCACAAAAAAACGAAGAACUAAAAAAAAAAAAGAACUUUGAAAACUUCAGCACUGUUGCACUUUAUGUUUUAAAAAAAAGUCAACCCUUCAGAAUCUAUAACUCAUGUGUUGGAAGACUAUUUCAUGCUUUGCUCCGAACAAAUAGUGAAUAACUGAGUAUGUUCAGGGUAAUUUAUGAAAAUUUGUGGUGGUGCCAUGCAGUCCCCUUCUGGUAGAAUUGCCACAAGCGAGGCUCAGAAUCCUCAUCAUCUUUGUUGUACACCUGUAUCUUGAAAGCAAAAAGAAGUAAAUAUCAGGAGUCA